AUGGCCGCCAGCACGCCGCCUGCCGGGCCGGCGCAUGGGUCGCCCGCGAGUGUCGAGGCUCUCGCUGCGGACAUGUCGCGCAUGCCUGAGGUGCUCCUCAUGUGCCUCGUGCACGACAAUGCGCGCCUGCGCGAGAGCUGGGAACAGCUUGUAGCGCAGACACUCGAUCCCCUGUGCUGCGCCCUCGCACAGCUACAGAGCCAUACGCGCCUGCUCGUCGGCGGCGUCGUGUACCGCCCUGAGCCGCACUCUGAGCUCAUAUCGCUCCUGCGCCCUGACGAGUCGCUCACGCGCGUUGCAUUUGCGCCGGCGCCGCGCUUCUUGGAGGACGUGCGUCAGGUGCUGCGCACGACGCCCAUGUACGGCCUCGCGCACCUCGAGGCGGCAGACGAGCCGGUGCGUGCGCCCAGCACGCUGGAGUGUGCGCUCGCUGAUCCGCUCGCGGCAGCACUCGAGAUGAUCGAUGCGCGACGCACACCACCGCCCAUCGCGCCGUUCGCACGCAGCGUGCUCCGGACGCACCACUCGCCCGUCGUCGCAUGCCAUGUCGUGCACGUGCUUGCUCUCGAUGCAGGCGAGGCCGCGACCACCAGCGGCAGCUGCCGUGGGCGCCUGGCCCCGUUCAUACACACCCUGCCGCCCCUGCUGCAUACCCAGACAUGCCUCGAUGCGUGCACGACGCAGGACCUCCUCGACCGCCUGGGCGAGCGCACCAUCUCGCUCGCCACCGUGCUGGUUGGUGCACCAGGCAACGGCAGCGCGCGGCAGCGCGCCUCGCUCGCACACACGGCGCAUGGCCUGCUGCGCAGCACGAAGCGUGCGGACGAGCCCGUGCCGAUUGACGAACUGCUAGCGCCGCCAUGGAAGGCGCCGGAGAAUAUACACAUUGUGUUGACCAGCGCCGAGCUCGCACGCACGCUGCGCAAGCGCCCGCGGCGCACGGCAGCGUCCGAGUCGCCGUCCAAACGUGCGCGCGGCCCAGAGACACCGCCGAUGGCGGCGCUCAAAAUCGAUCCGGCCCUGCUGAACAAGGUCAUGCUGCUCCAGCAGCAGCAGGCUACCAUGGUCAAGAACCUCUCGCGCUGGGCCGUCGCGUCGCAGGCAGUGGGCGCGUCAGGCACCAUGCAGUCUCAGAUGGUCGAGCAGUUCCGGCAGCGCCUCGCUGCGCAGCAGCAUGCGAUCAAGCAGCAGUCCGAUCGUCUGCGCACAGGGAAGAGCACGGACCUGAAUCUCCUCUGGCAGGCGCUCGUCACGAUCGACAAGGAGGCCAAAGAGGCCGGUCUCCAUCUCGGCGGACCGAGCUCACAAGGCGCGAGCGCACCGACGGAGCGCGCGCGCUCGCGCACGUCGGCCGCGCCUACUGCCGCCAUGGCCCCGCCCGUGCGUGGCGCGCCUGGCGCCGCGCCGUCGCGCUCGACUGCCGUGUGGCAGGGCAUCCUCAAGUGGUCUACGGGCGGGACGAGCCCCCAGUUUACCCUCUUGAUCGCCAUGUGCAGCUCCACAGUGCAGGCGCUGCUGGGACUGCCGUGGCCCAACGUACUUACGAUCGGGGCGCUCGUCCCCGUACACCCGCCACUCCUGCAGCGCCUGAUUGCCUCGCACCGCGUGCCGUGUGUGCUGUUGGCCGUGCGCCCCUUCCCGCCGACACUUGCCGUGCAUGGCUCUGAAAACAAUGAAGCCAACUACCAGGCCCUCUAUUCGAUGCUCCAGCAGCACCAGCGCGCAGCGUACGUGCCGCACGGUGAGCCGGGAUGUGGUCUGCUCAUCGUGACGCUGACGAGCACGCAGAUGGGCUCUUCGAACACGCCGCAGGCACCGCGGCUUCUGGCCAUGGUCUUCCGCACACCGAUUCCUUUUUCGCAGCUUGGCGGUGCCCAAGUGGGCGCUGCCAGUGCGCCCAAUACGCGCGGAAUGAUUUCGGUGCCGGCGGCGGCGGGCGCUGUGGACUCGUUCGUGCCACAGGCACCCCCGCCGUUGUCCGCGCCGAUCUCCACGAUGAAUGGCUUGCUCGGCGCCGGCCCACCGGGCCUCUCGAAUGGCGGCGCCGUGAACACUGGCAUGCCGCUGAUGCCCACAUCGAUGGACCCCGUGCAGCAGCUCUUGCAUAGCACGUCGAUGGCGUCGAGCUGGACACCUACUGCAACCGCAUCCGCAGUCAGCACACCGGUCGCGCAGGGCAUGGGCAUGGAUGUAUGCACACCCGACCAGCUGCGGGCGCUAGGCCUGUAG